AUGGCCACUGCAAUUGGCAAACGCAAGCGCGUGGAUGCUCCGACCAAGGCCAAUCCUGUCAAAAAGGUGGCCGUGAAGAGUGCGCAAAAGUCUGCUCCGAGGCUACAAGGCAAAAGCAAUCGUCCACCUCAGCAAGCAGAGACACCCGCAGUCCGGUCCAAGUCAGACAUUCCCAUCUACAUCCAAGUCGUCACGGGAUCCUACGAGCGCGUACUACAUGGUCUCUCCGCGAGAAUACCGCAGUCGAAACUGGACGUCAAGCAAGAUGAUACCGUGCAAAAUCCAGCCGAUGAGGUAUCCUUUACCAACAGCUUCCUCUUCGCCGCCCAUUCCUCUGCAAUUCGAUGUCUGGCUCUCUCACCUCCGACCGAAGCAGAUAAAUGUCUCCUGGCGACGGGAAGCUCAGACGAACGUAUCAAUGUUUACAGCCUAUCAACCGCACCUCCCUCUGUCAAAGCCGGACCCCAUCUACCCUCCCUCCUUGGAACCGCUACGGUAGAGAACUUCCGCAACAAGUCUCUCGGUAGCCUCACCCAUCAUGACCGUGCCAUCAACACCCUCCAAUUCCCAACCAAGUCGAAGCUGUUUAGCGCGGCCGAGGAUGCCACCAUCUCCAUCUCUCGCACUCGAGACUGGACGGUUCUUUCAUCCAUCAAAGCUCCGAUUCCCAAACCUCAGGGCAGACCCUCGGGAGAUACGGCAGGUCCUGGUGAAGUGCCAGCUGGUGUCAACGAUUUCGCAGUUCACCCUUCACAGAAACUCAUGCUGAGUGUUGGUCGUGGUGAGCGCUGCAUGCGAUUGUGGAAUCUGAUGACAGGGAAGAAAGCUGGUGUAUUGAACUUUGAUCGCGAUUUACUCAUUCAGGCCGGAGAGAGCAAGUUUAGCAGCGGCGAGGGUAGAAGAGUGUUGUGGGAUGAGACUGGUGAACACUACGUGAUUGGCUUCGAACGCGGCGCUGCGCUGUUUGGGAUUGACUCGAAACCAAAGGCGGUUAUCCGGCCUUCUUCCAAGGUCCAUCAGAUGCGAUUCCUACCCCUUCCAGACUUGGAGCAAAGUAUCUUGGCCAUUUCCACGGAGGAUGGACGAAUUCUCUUCUACGAUGUUAGCACUGUCAAGGAGGAGAUCGACGCCGCCAAGCUUCCUCUGUGUCCCUGCGUUGCGCAGUUGGGAGGAGCAGCAAUGGGUAUCAGUGGGCGUGUGAAGGAUUUUGAAAUUGUCGCCUUGAAAGGAAAGGCAAACAUCUUGAUCGUUACUGGAAGCAGUGAUGGUGCCGUAAGACUGUGGACCGUCUCAGGGGAGCAACUUGCAGGCGAAGUCUCAGAAGACGGGCCAAAGCAGGUUGGUAAGUUGGUCGCGACUCAGGAAACUGGUAAUCGCAUCACUUGCUUGGGUGCCUUCGUCAUGGACGGCAAAGCAAGUGAUGAAGAUGAAGUUGAGGAGAAUGGCGGCGCGGAGGAAGAUGAGGAGUCUGAUGAUUCACAAGGCGAUUCAUAG